UCCCGCCAUUUUAUAUUCUUUCGCCACCCUCUCGAAGCCUCGCCCAACCGACCUCGCUUCCCCAUCUCUCUCUCUCUCUCUCCUCCCCCCGCUCGCUCUCGCUCUCGGUCCCCUUCAUCCAUGGCGUCUGGAGCCCAAAACGAUUACGAGCGCCGGAGGCUGGAGAACAUCCGCCGGAAUAGCGAGAUGAUGGCCUCCCUCCUGCUCCAGCGGAAGGCCGCCGACCUCUCCGCCUCCCUCAAGCGCCCCUCCUCCAAAGCCCCUAAACCCUCCCCCGACCGCAAGAAAUCCUGCCCCUCCCCACAAUCCCCCAUCGUCAUCCGCCGCUCUCUCCGCACCCGCGGCCUCCCUCCCGACCAAUCCCCCCACCCCCAACCCUCCGACGCCGCUCCAUCUCCUCCGCCGUCCGAUCUCGCCGCCACCGCCGUCCAGAAGCACGGCCCGCUCCUCGCGCGCGAGGUCUUCAUUCAGGGGCCCGGUUCAUCUGAUUGCGGCUUUAAAGACGCAAUCUUGGAGGCCUCCGGUAGGUCAAGUUCGGAUAUUGGGAAGGAGGGAGGGCCGUUCGAUCCAAGGUCGUCUCUGGUGCUGAGACCGGACAAUGUUGGUAAGGUUCUGUCUGAACGGAUACUGACUGUAAAAUUCUUCCCCUUCGGAGAUCGGACGGUGAUUGCUGCCGGCAACAAGCUAGGGCAUGUUGGCUUUUGGGAUGUGGGUUAUAGGGAAGGGGAUGGAGAUGGUGUCUAUGUUUACGCUCCACAUUCGGCUCCUGUGUCGGGGAUUUCGAUCCAUCCCUUCUCCCCGACAAAGGUUUUUACUUGCAGCUAUGAUGGGUUCAUUCGUUUGAUGGAUAUCGGGAAGGAAACUUUCAAUAUGAUCUAUUACAGUGAUACUUCUAUUUACUCUAUUUGUCCACAGCCUAAUGAUAAUAACUACUUGUAUCUUGGUGAGGGAUUGGGGGAGCUGAAGAUGUGGGAUGAGAGGGUGGGGAAAGUCUCAAGUUCUUGGGACCUGCAUGAGCAAAGGAUUAAUACAAUAGAUUUUCAUCCAGAACACUCAAACUUGGUAGCUACAAGUUCAACAGAUGGAAGGGCCUGCUUGUGGGACUUGAGAAGUAUAAAGACUGAUAGACCAGAAUGCUUGAAGACUAUUCAGCAUCAUAGAGCUGUUCAUUCUGCAUAUUUCUCACCCAGUGGGAGCUUCCUUGCAACAACAAGUAUUGAUGAUAGUGUUGGAAUUCUGAGUGGCAACAACUUCGAUGACCUAACCCUGAUCAGACAUAACAAUCAGACUGGUAGAUGGUUAUCAUCAUUCAGAGCAAUCUGGGGAUGGGAUGACUCCUAUUUGUUUUUAGGUAAUAUGAGAAGGGCUGUUGAUGUUAUCUCAGUCAGUGAGAGAACUACCACACCUCUGGAAAGCGAGCACAUGACUUCGAUAGCCUGCCGGUUUGCUGCCCAUCCAUGUAAACAUGGUUCUCUGGCCUGUGCCACUUCUGGUGGUAAGGUAUACCUCUGGACAAAAUCUUAAGGAUCAUAAAUGCUUAUCUAGGCCUUGUUCAAGCACUAGAGCCAGUCAACUGUUCAUAUUGAUUUCCAACAUGUAAAAUGAAGAAGGGGUUCAACUGUUAAAACUGGUGCUGUUUGACCUGAUGACUAUUUUGUUAGUUCCAGUAGAAGUUUGCUGGAAUGUGAGUUGAAAGGCUAAUGCAUAUUGUAACAGAUAAAAUUCUUCUCUUAGCUUAUGUUAAUGAAUAUAUUCCGGUUGGCUUUAGGGCAUAAAAUAUGGUUGACAAGGUAUCUUUCCGAUCGUAGGAUUGUACUCAGCUGACA